AUGGACGCGGCUAACACGGUAUACAAUACGAUAAACGACUUCUGCCGCCAGCUCAAGAAACAGAAGAAGGGGAUGAAGCAAGAACUUGAGGAGAAACGCGUUCUGAUCGGGAGACUGACCGCUGAAUGUGAUUCGACGGCCAAUAAGCUUAAAGACCUCGACUAUGAAUGUAAGAAGGUGGAAGAAAGCCUGAAAGCCGCUGCUUUAGCGCGCAGUCAGAUCGCAUCCCUCCUCGGCCAGACGCAGGCCUCUGAUGCCUCUAGCACCCGAGAGGGAGUCACCGGCAGCCCGACAUGUAGGGCGCCAUCCGCGGGUGACGAUCGUAUCAACAGCCAGACCAGCAGACCAAGCCCCCCUACCCUCAUCACUACGACCCCGGUUUUGAGCACGACGAAAGGUGCUAGCGUGAAGAAGCGAAAGUUCGACGAUCUGUAUGUAAAGGAAGAGACAACGCAAGACACUGGCAAGCCUACGAAAUUGACGGAGGCAAAAGGUGCAUAG